AUGAGCAUCGUCUACAAAUCCCAAACGCAAAUCAUUCGCGACGACUGCGAGUUCCUCAAGCCAAUACCCAGAGUCCAUCAGCAACGUCUAACCAUCCAGCACUGGCAGCUCAGAGACCUAAUCACUUGUCCCAAGACAAGCGAAGAGUUUAUUUAUGUCAACCAGAACGCCGUCAACGCCUACAACACCAGGACAAAGGCCACCACCCAGCUCAUGAAGGACCUCACCUUCCACCCCACCUCUUUGACAGCUUCAUGCGGGUACCUGGCAGCGGGAGGACAACGAAGCCAACUCAUGGUCCGUCAGAUGAACAGUAAUUGGUUUGCACAUACCUCUGUCGGCGGAUCGAUCAACAAUGCCCUCUGUAUCUCUGAGCACCUUGGAGGCACUCGGCUCCUGAUCAGCAACAACGACGAAACAAUUAAGGUCUACUCGUUGCCAGGACUGCAGCGACUCGCCAACAUUCAACUUCCCACGGCAGUCAACUAUGGAGGAUACCAAAAGAUUGGCACAUAUACAGCGACAACGGAGGCAAGCUUCUCUGAACAUGUCUCCUAUGUGAACCUGGUCGAUGCAAGGACAUUUCACGAUCGACAGGUCAUCCGUGUCGCACCACCUGGCAACGACGAACAUAUCUCUGGCAUUGCUAUGAGUCCAGACAGCAAAGUUUGCUUCGUUGGUCUUGAGAAUAGUGUGCUAGAGUUUGAUGUGGAUACGAUUACUCGGCGGAGCUUCCCUUCAGGUAGUCUGAUCUAG